GUCCACGAAUAGCUAGCAAGAGAUAUCAGAUCUGGUCCGCUCGACCUAUAAAUAUAAUCGUCGCGAUGGUCCACGGCAGCCGGACCAUCCGGGUCGCGCCGCGGGUGAGCAACUUGGAAGAGCGGGAAGCGACUCACGUGGCGCCGCACCUCGUGCACGUGCCCAUCGUGCGGCGAACGCGGCUCCUCGCGCUCUGCUUUGCGCUGAGCUGCCUCUGGAACAUCGUCUCGCCCUUCAAGACGUGGGCCAUCACGGCCUACGGCUUCGUCUCGUUCGCAACGACGCGCACUGUUUUGCUCGAGUGGAACACACAGCUGAACGGCCGCUUCCUCACUCAGCUCUACACCAAUGCAGGCAUUCCUCUCCCGUCGCCCGUGGCCGCCGACAGGUACAUCAACGUCGUCCUGGACUUUCUCGUGUUGCCACGGUCGCAAUUCGUCUGGGCAGCGUCGCCCAUCGACAAAGGCCCGUUUCUUCGCAGCACACUCGCUGCGCCGGUCGCAGCUACGUCGCCCCCGACGCCGUACGUGGCCCCGGUGGUUCACAACUGCCGCCUCGCGGGCGUCACCGAAGCCGUGCUCUGUCUGCAAGGUGUGGCUGCGAAUGCGGAUCUCAGCGCCACGUAUCCAUCCCUCUCGACGUGCCUCAUUCGACGACAGACGAUCGUAGCCCAAGGUGGCAGCCUCGUGGACGUGGCGACCGAGCUUGCGGCCGAUUUCGACCUCGAUGGAACGCACGUGGCCGGCGUCCCAUUGCUGUUUACACCUGUGACCUUUAUGGACGGCUACAUAUCGCUCUCGGGCGAGCGGUCGGGACUUGCGACGUACCGCAUUUACGGCCGACCGCCGAGUCCCAACAACCAAGUCAACGUACUGAGUCCCGUGGCGACUGCGGUCGCUGCGUGCUUGGCGCAGCCAGGCGACGCGACGUGCGUCGACACGAGUGCCGCAGCGUUUCUGGGAAACGCACUGCUAGAGCACCAAUCCGAGUACCUGGACAACGCCGCCUUUACGCUAGCGUCCGCGCCCAACGUGUUUGUGUACAUACCCAGGAAGCAAGCGGCGCUCGCCGACGUCGAGUACGUGUCGCCUGGCAACCUCUCGGCCUGGAACGGUCUCUUCAAGCAGCUGGUGGCGACCGUCAUGAACGCACCGAUCGUCAAGUCCGAUGCGCUCGAAGAGCUCUGCCUCGUCGGCGACGGCUGCUUUGGCGUCUGCAUGAACGAAACAGCGAGCGGCGGCACGACACUCACGUACAUGCGCAGCGGCGUGUGUGUCGCUGCCAUCGACAAAGUCGCGCACGGCCUCGUUGACGUGUAUGUUGACAUGAAGUGCUUUGGCCUUGGGACGGGCACUUCGAGCGUCAAGGUGACGUACCUCUCGGCGGACGGCGUCCGACGCACCGUGAUAGCCAACAAUACGGCGAGUCCGGUGGCGAUUCUCGCGUGCUUUGUCGGCGGUCGCGCGCCGCAGUCGGACUACCCGUCGUUUGUCAUGGACAUGCUCACGCAGGGCACGCAGGCGGAGAUCGUCGUCACGUAUUCGAACGGGGACGAGGCCAUGAUCAUCAACUUCAUCGCGCUGCUCUCGCUCGCUGGUUAUGGGUACUACUGCGUCUGCAUCUGCUUCUAUCUACGAGAGCUGCUGUGCUGGCUCUGGCGCAGCGCCAAGCGCGAGCCGCAGCUGCUCUACAGCGUCGCGAACGCAAGCAUUAGCAGCAUUGUCUGGAUGCACCACCGGACGUCGAUGAAGUUUGUGGGUUUCGUGAGCUUUCUCGCGUGGCACAUUGACGCCGCCAAGCUACACUGCGCGUGGGCCGCCUCGAUCGACGAGAUGGCGACCGACGCCACGUACAGCUGCAGCGUCGACAGCCUUGGGCACCUGGAUGGAGCCAAUGCGCUCGUGAGCCUCGUGUCCUUUGCGUGGGUCUUCUUUGCGCUUGUCUACAUGGACCUGCUGCCCGGCGUCACGAUCCACACGCGCGGGUACCUUGUGACGACGCUCCUUCUGGGCGUUCUCCCGCUCUCGCUGCUCUCGUUUCUGAUGGCCGAGCUCUGCAAGCUGCGGCUGGCGCUGCCUGGCUUCGCAAUGGUGCACGAAUAUCUCUUCUUGGCGCUGCUGUGGGGCGCUGUGAUGGCGCUCCUGCGCACGUCCGUGCUGCUAGCGCCGACGCUCACGCUGUUGGAAGCUGCACUGCGGGUCGUUGGCGUCCGUCGACAGGCCAUCCACCCCGAGAGCGCGUGGGCGGACGCCAUCGGGCCCAGCUACUGGGUCCACGACAGUGGGUACCGCCGGGCGCCCGUCUAUUACGUGCCGCUGAGUCUCCUUAUGGAAACGCCGUAUUUGGACGUGCGCAAUGUGGUCGACCACGCGUAUGUUGGUACCGGCGUCCGGCGCCACGGCGACCACCCCGAGUGGGUCGCGUACCAAUGCGAGUACAUGGUGUUUCUGGCUCAUUGAUCCUGUGGUUGGUUCCGCCAUCCUGCAUACUAUAACAACCUCGUGGUAGACGCCGC